AUGAGCUUCUACGGCAGCUACUACGGAGGCCUGGGCUACAGCUAUGGAGGCUUCGGUGGCCUGGGCUAUGGCUAUGGCUGUGGGUGUGGCAGCUUCCGCAGACUGGGCUACGGCUGUGGCUAUGGCUUGGGCUAUGGAGGCUACGGAUAUGGCUCUGGCUUUGGAGGCUUCAGAUAUAGCCCCUCAUACUAUGGAAGAUAUUGGUCUUCUGGCUUCUACUGA